AUGACAAGCAGCUUACCUCCGAGCAAAUCACCGUCUCUUGCCUGCGUUAGGACUGACCGUAAGCAGUCUGUAUCUGAAACCCACUUUUCCCUUGGAGCUUGUGUGGUGAAGUCCCAGUCUGUUAUCUAUGAUUGGGACUUCGAAUAUAUUUUUGGGGAGUUCAGCCCUGAUGAAUUUAAUCAGUUCUUUGUGACUCCACGAUGCUCUGUUGAGCUCCCCCCAUACAAUGAAACAGUUUCAUGUGGUAUUAAGUCCACGGGGGAAGAGUAUCAGAGAAUUGAAUUUGGUGUUAAUGAAGUUAUUGAGACACAGUCAUCUGUACUAAAUAACACCGACUACAGUAUUUCAAGUACUCUGAAUCCUCAGGCUCCAGAAUUCAUUCUCAGCUGUGCACCUGCUCAGAAAACCCCUGAUGACAGUCUCAGUGAAACAAACUACAAUUCCAUUGACUGCCAGUUCACUGAUCCAACCCUCGCUUUGGACAGCGGUUCUAACGCUGAAAACGAUGGCUUGUCUGGAGGCCUUGGGCAAAGGGAGCGUAAAAAGAAGAAAAAAAGACCGCCUGGAUACUACAGUUACUUGGAAGAUGUCAGUGACGGCAUUGCUCCAACAGAAGCUCUUGUAAAUGGCCAUGCAAAUUCAUCGGGACUAAACAGUAUAAGCACGGAGGAUACGGAACUGACGGGAGACAUACCCUCCCUGGCCACACCAAGGACUUGCAACAGCCCGGACAAUUCUGUGGACUUCAUUAAUGAAGCUGUCUCUGAUGAUUCUGUUUCUAGCGCACUAGACAAUACCAGGACUGCAGGGCAGCCUGAGGUAUGCUGUGUUACUAAUUCUGAACAGUUUUGCAUCCCCUCAGAGACUGGCAGAGGUAGCCCCUUAAGGACAGCUGUUGUACAGUCUUAUGCUGGUACUGAUACUACUGAAAAUCUUGGCGUUACUAAUGGACAAACACUUGAAUCCUCUGGUGAGGACACAGCUGCCAAUGGGGUAGAAUUGCACACUGUGGAAAGCACUGACUCAGAUCAAGCUAAGCCUGAGGAAGCUUCACCUACUACUGAGGCAACAGUCCCGGUUGCAGGAUCAGUCCCUGUUAAUCAGCCUGCAAAAUCGUGGGCUAGUCUUUUUCACAAUUCCAAGCCCUCUGCUUCCACAUCUGUGGUCUAUGUUGAGACUAAGUAUACCCCUCCUGCCACAUCUACUCUGGUCCCUGAAAAACAGGUUGAAGUCAAAGAGGGACCUGUUCCAGUUUCAGAGGAUCCUGUAGCCAUAAAGAUUGCAGAAAUACUGGAAAAUGUAAGACUAAUACAUAAACCAGUGUCUUUGCAACCGCGAGGGCUGAUCAACAAAGGAAACUGGUGCUACAUCAAUGCUACCCUGCAAGCCUUGGUUGCUUGCCCUCCAAUGUAUCAUUUAAUGAAGUCCAUUCCAAUGUAUUCAAAAUCACAGCGGCCGUGUACUUCAACACCAAUGAUAGACAGUUUUGUUCGUUUAAUGAAUGAGUUCACUAAUAUGCCUGUACCUCCUAAAGCAAAACAAGCUUUAGGCGAUAAAAUUGUGAGAGACAUCCGACCAGGAGCUGCCUUUGAACCUACAUACAUUUAUAGACUUUUGACGGUUAUAAAGUCAAGUCUGUCAGAAAAGGGCAGGCAAGAAGAUGCUGAAGAAUACUUGGGAUUUAUCCUCAAUGGACUACAUGAAGAAAUGCUGACCCUGAAGAAACUUCUCUCUCCACAUAAUGAAAAACUCUCAGUUUCCAAUGGCCCUGAGGCUCAGACUGUUCAUGAAGAAGAGGAGCAAGAUGAACAAGGGGAAGGCAGUGAGGAUGAAUGGGAGCAAGUGGGACCUCGCAACAAAUCAUCAGUCACUCGACAGGCUGACUUUGUUCAGACUCCAAUUACUGAUAUUUUUGGUGGUCAUAUAAGAUCUGUUGUUUACCAGCAGAGUUCUAAGGAGUCUGCUACACUGCAACCUUUCUUCACCCUGCAACUGGAUAUCCAGUCAGACAAGAUACGUACAGUUCAGGAUGCAUUGGAAAGUUUGGUGGCAAGAGAGUCUGUCCAGGGUUAUACCACAAAAACCAAGCAAGAG